AGCACAACUGUUGCGGCGCAGCAGCGGCGGCGGCAGUGGUGCUGACAUUGGGACAGCGGUGGCAGCACAGCGGUGGCAGCAAGAGCUGCGGGACUGGCAGAGGGCAAGGCACCAUGGCCCUUGCUCUGCGCCUCUUCCUCCUGCUCCUCCUGGCAGUGGCCCUGCCUGCCAGGGCUGCCCAGGCAGCUCCGUGGCCAGCGCGGGGAGCAGGUCUACCAACAGUCCACACACAUGACACAGGAGAAAAGAAAUUGCGGGAGGCCGAUAGACUUCUGGACAAGAUGCUGAGCGACCUGGAGAGACGCCUUGCAAUGAAAGGAAAGACUGUGCUGAAGGCUCUGUUUGCCCGAGGAAGCAGUGGUUCUGUUCCAGCCUCUGCUGCAGGAAGGGAGGCGAUGCCAGGCACAGUCACAGGAGAUGAGCGUGAGGGCUCUCAAGUAGCUCGGCUUCAUGAAGAUUUGCAGCCUCUGGAGCAACCUGCAGGUUCCCUGAGAAGGAAGAAGAAACCAACAGGAAACAGUGAGAUCCAGGAUGACUCCAAUCUUCUGGACCAGAUGCUGAGUGAUCUGGAGAUAAGCCGUGAGAUUGAGAAGAGACUGGGCUGGUGGCUCCGAUUCCCAGAGGAAGCAGUGGCUCUGUGCCAGUCUCUGCUGCAGGAAGGGAGUCGAUGCCAGGCACAGUCACAGGAGGUCCUCCUGGUUGGAACAACCCGGACAUAGGAGACAAGAAAUUGCAGGAGGCCGACAGACUUCUGGACAAGAUGCUGAGCGACCUGGAGAGACGCCAUGGGAUUAACAGAAAGCCCCUAUGGACGGCAGCAUUUCCUGAAGGAAGGAAGGCAAAGCCAGGCACAGGCACAGGCACAACAGACGAACUUGUUGAUGAAGGUGAUCUGGCUUCCCAACCAACAUUCAGGGAAGUGCCCCUGGGAGCUGGUGAGGUGAUAGAGCAAAAGUCUGUGCCGAAGGAAGCAUUUCCCAGAGGAAGCAGUGGCUUGGUGCCAGCCUCUCCUGCAGGAGGGACAGUGACACCAGGCACAG